CCGGAGCGUGCGGCGCGGCGGGGUGGGCGGGGCAGCGGGGCCACGGCCUCCGCGGAGCCGGUGAGGGAGGAGCGGCGAGCGGCCCCCGACGGCACGCUGCGCCCGGCGCGCGUGCCGGCCUCCUCUCCGAUGAUCCAGAAGUCUCGCCCGGCGCUGCUGCAGCCUCAGGAUGUGGGCGACGGCGUGGACACGCUUGUGCUGCAUCCGGUGAUCAAAGCCUUCCUGUGUGGCUCCAUCAGCGGGACCUGCUCCACCCUCCUGUUCCAGCCGCUAGACCUCCUCAAAACCCGCAUGCAGACCCUCCAGCCCUCAGCCCACGGGUCCAGGCGCGUCGGGGUGCUGGCUCUGCUCCGGACGGUGGUGCGCACGGAGAGCGUGCUGGGCCUGUGGAGCGGGAUGUCCGCCUCCAUCGUGCGGUGUGUCCCGGGCAUUGGCAUCUACUUCGGCACCCUCUACUCCUUGAAGCAGUACUUCCUGCGAGGCCAUCCACCGACCGCCCUGGAGUCCGUCAUCCUGGGGGUGGGCUCGCGCUCGGUUGCGGGGGUCUGUGUGUCACCCAUCACUGUGAUCAAGACGCGUUAUGAGAGCGGCAGGUAUGGCUACGGGAGCAUCUACGCAGCCCUGAGGAGCAUCUACCGCAGUGAGGGGCACCGGGGGCUCUUCAGUGGCCUGACAGCAACGCUUCUGCGUGAUGCACCCUUUUCUGGAAUCUACCUGAUGUUUUACAACCAGACCAAAAACAUCAUGACCCACGACCAGCCGGAUGCCGUCCUUAUUCCCGUAGUAAAUUUCGGCUGCGGGCUCUUUGCUGGGGUUCUGGCCUCCCUGGUAACCCAGCCUGCGGAUGUUAUCAAAACUCACAUGCAGCUCUCCCCGAUGAGAUUUCGCUGGAUUGGCCAGGCGGUGACCUUCAUUUUCAAAGAUUAUGGGCUGCGUGGCUUCUUCCAAGGCGGCGUCCCCCGGGCCCUCCGCAGAACUCUGAUGGCAGCGAUGGCAUGGACAGUCUACGAGGAGAUGAUGGCCAAGAUGGGCCUGAAGUCCUGACCGACGGGACUGGGGACAGAUGGACUCCGCUGCCUGGCCUGGCUCGCGCCAAGGGCUGCUUGUCUCACUGUCCUGGAGUUGGACGGAGUCCUGUCUGGACAGCCAGGCGGACGUGUCACCUGCGGUUAGCCCUGUCUCAGUGGAGAAUAGAUGGGCCUGACUCGAAGCUUCAGGAUCUCCCGCAGGAGGCGUCACUGGGGACUUAGGAGCAGGGUCUGCACGGCCGGCAAGACCACUUCAAAAGGUGUUUCUGGAGAGAGCUCGGUCAGGGGCCCCGCUUCAGCGCCACCUCCACCUGGCUGCCUGGUUGGGUCUGUCCUCGGGCAAGGAUUCGCACCGCCGGGGAAGCUGUGGGCUGGCGCUGUGGGGGAGGAGGGCCAGCGGGGGACGCUGGUCUGCGGAGAAGGGUCCCUGUCACCAGGCUGAAGUCUGUGUGGGCUGCUGGGAGGAGGAGGGGAAAAAAGGCGUCAUUACUUAACCGGUUCCUUGAUCACCCGAAGGGCCUCUGAAGAAGUGGGAAAGUGGCUUCUUAGCUUCUAAGUGUCCAAAUAACGUUUUUCUGUUCUCGGCCCCCUCCCUGUUUUAAUUCUCAAGUGUUCUGGCAUUUUUGUCUGCAGCUAAAACUCACAUAAAUAAAGUGAAGCACUUUAGCACUGAAAACUGUU